GGCGGGGCCGGGACGUUUGAACGAGGCGGAGCCGCAGGCGGAACCGGAGCGGGAGCGGGAGCCGGGGCGGGGGGCGGCCGAGCCGGAGCUGACAGUCUACUGGGUGCAGAGCCGGUGCUGAGCGCUGGGGAGAGUCCAAUAGAGAGUAGACGCAAUUCCCGCCCACUAGGAGCCGACGGCCCGCCGUGUAUGUGGUGCCCUGGACUGAGCGCUUGGGAGUGUCCAAUAGAACAAUGGCCGUGAACGUGUACUCCACCUCCGUCACCAGCGACAACCUCAGCCGCCACGACAUGCUGGCCUGGAUCAACGAGUCGCUGCAGCUCGUCCUCACCAAGAUCGAGCACCUCUGCUCCGGUGCGGCCUACUGCCAGUUCAUGGACAUGCUGUUCCCCGGCUCCGUGGCCCUGAAGAAGGUGAAGUUCCAGGCCAAGCUGGAGCACGAGUACAUCCAGAACUUUAAGAUCCUCCAAGCCGGCUUCAAGAGGAUGGGCGUCGACAAGAUCAUCCCCGUGGACAAGCUGGUGAAGGGCAAGUUCCAGGACAACUUCGAGUUCGUCCAGUGGUUCAAGAAGUUCUUCGACGCCAACUACGACGGCAAGGACUACGACCCCGUGGCCGCCCGCCAGGGCCAGGACCCCGCCCCCGCCCCCGCCAACGCCAACCCCUCCUCCCUGCUCGCCCCCGGACCCAACAAGCCCAAGAAGACCCUCAGCUCGGGCAGCGCCGAAGACGGCCCCGUCCGGACCCCCGAAGAGAAGCCCCGGGAGAAACAGGCGUCCGCUCCCUGCGGGGACGUCGUCGCCCCGGCGCGGCCCGUGUCCACCCAGAGAACGGCGGCCUCCACCCCCAAGCCGGGCUCCGGGAUGGCGCGCAAGGCCCUCGGCGGAGGAGGCAACGGCGAAGACGAGUCGGCCGAGCUGGUCCAGCAGAUCCACGUCCUGAAGCUGACGGUGGAGGACCUGGAGAAGGAGCGAGACUUCUAUUUCGGGAAGCUGCGCAACAUCGAACUCAUCUGCCAGGAGAACGAGGGCGAGAGCGACCCCGUCCUGCAGCGGAUCGUGGACAUCCUCUACGCCACGGACGAAGGGUUCGUCAUUCCCGACGAAAGCGGGCCGCAGGAGGAAGAGCAGGAAGAGUACUGAUGGUCACGUCCGUCUGCCCGUGUCCCCGUCCCCCUUCCCCCCCGGUCACGUGUGUGUGUGUGUGCGUGUACGCGCGUGUGUGCGUGUGCCCUGCCCCCCUCAGCGCCUCGACCUCCCCCCGCCCCGG